AUGUAUUCAUUUUUGCUUUUUUUGGGAUUUGGAAUCGUUUCACAGCAAUUCAAUUUCAAUAAACAGGAGGCAAGAGUCGAUGGCACUUUUUUAUGCAGACAAAAACCGAUUCCGGAAAAUACAACGGUCACAAUUUGGGAUGACGCUAUCAUUGCAGACGACAAAUUGAACGCGACGUGGACGCGCAAGGAUGGAUCUUUCCGAAUUUACGGCCGAGAGUUUGUCUUUUUCUCCUUCAAGCCAUUCAUCGCCGUUCGUCAUCGAUGUGGGCAACGGCCAAAGUUGUGCAAGUACGAGACUCGGAUCUGGUUUCCCUCGUCGAACUACGGUGAAGGCGUCGUUCAUCAUUUGGGAAUCAUUCAAUUGGAGAGACUUCGCAACAAUGAGACGGUCACCAUCAUCGAGUUUUGCUCA